CAUCUGUUAUUGAUCAAAUGACUUUAUUUGAAUUUUUGACUUGGUUGGAUUUCGAUCGAUCUUCUUCUAUGAACGCAGCAGAAAUGUUAGAAGAACCAUAUGUUGAAAAUUCUCUUUGGCGUACUGAUUUUAAUCAACCACCUCUACUUAAAACAUCCGCUUUACUUCCUCGAAUAGUUUUAUCAUGUGGUACAAUAUUAAUUCAACGCAAAGAACCUUCUUCUAUUAGUUUUACUUGUCGUUAUGAUGAUUCCAUGUUAGCUAUUUAUUCGAUUCUUUCGAUCGGAAUACCAUAUCGAGAUGCAUUUGAAGAAUUUCUCGAUAAUAAACAAGGUAUACGUCUUAUAAAUUUGGUUUAUAAAUAUAUCGGAACAUUAUCUAUUGCUAUUGUAGAGAAUGAUAUAAAAGCCUUACACCAAAUUUUAUUGAAAAAUUAA